CUGGGGUGGGGCUUGGGAUGGGAAAAUUCAUGCAAACAAGGGAAGAAGCCUGGGGAAGGAGAGGAGAAUGAGAGUCAUGGAGAAGAACAUAGCAAGCCAGGGUUGCUAGGCAGAACUCUAACUCCGACUUCAGCGGCAGCUUCCAGAACAGCCUGGGCAAGCCAGUAUCAGACGGGGGGCGUGUCUAGUGAAUCGGCCGCAGCUUUCGGUUUCUUCUUCCUCUAAAUGCUGGCACUUCUAGCCAGCGCCACCAGCUCGAGCGGGUUCCCGGGACUUUCCGUGCACACCCUCGGACCCGCCCUUCUUCAUUCCGGACCGAGACUCCAGUGCCUCGAGGUCAGCGAGAGACCCAAACUAGGACCAGACUCUUGACAGCGCACGCUCCAUGGCUGCGCACGCUUGGCUGGCGGCAGCCCUGCUGCUGCUGCUGGACUGGCUGCUGCUGCGGCCCGUGCUCCCGGGAAUCUUCUCCCUGUUGGUUCCCGAGGUGCCGCUGCUCCGGGUCUGGGCGGUGGGCCUGAGCCGCUGGGCCAUCCUGGGACUAGGAGUCCGCGGGGUCCUCGGGAUCACCGCGGGAACCCAUGGCUGGCUGGCUGCUUUGCAGCCGUUAGUGGCGGCGCUGAGUUUGGCCCUGCCUGGACUUGCCUUGUUCCGAGAGCUGGCCGCCUGGGGAGCGCUCCGGGAGGGUGACAACGCUGGAUCACUGCACUGGAACAGUCGUCCAGAUGCCUUCGUUCUCAGUUAUGUGGCAGCAUUGCCCGCAGCCGCCCUGUGGCACAAGUUGGGGAGCCUCUGGGCGCCCCGCGGCCGCAGGGGCGCUGGAGACAUGCUGUGUCGGAUGCUAGGCUUCCUGGACUCCAAAAAGCGGCGUCUCUACCUGGUUCUGGUUCUCUUGGUCCUCUCCUGCCUUGGGGAAAUGGCCAUUCCUUUCUUCACCGGCCGCAUCACUGACUGGAUUCUUCAGGAUAAGACAGUUCCAGGCUUCACCCGCAACAUCUGGCUCAUGUCCAUUCUCACCGUAGCCAGUACAGCGCUGGAGUUUACAAGCGAUGGACUCUACAACAUCAGCAUGGGCCACAUGCACAGCCGUGUGCACAGAGAGGUGUUUCGGGCCGUCCUUCGCCAGGAGACAGGGUUUUUCCUGAAGAACCCAGCAGGUUCCAUCACAUCUCGGGUGACCGAGGACACAGCCAAUGUGUGUGAGUCCAUUAGUGACAAGCUGAGCCUGCUGCUGUGGUACCUGGGGCGAGGCCUGUGUCUCCUGGCAUUCAUGGUUUGGGGGUCACUGUACCUCACUGUGGUCACCCUGGCUUCCCUGCCUCUGCUAUUCCUUCUGCCCAGGAAGCUGGGGAAAGUGAACCAGUCAGUGGCAGUGAAGGUGCAGGAGGCUCUGGCAAAGUCCACGCAGGUGGCCCUCGAGGCCCUGUCAGCGAUGCCUACCGUACGGAGCUUUGCCAACGAGGAUGGAGAGGCCCAGAAGUUCAGGCAGAAGUUGGAAGAAAUGAAGACGCUAAACAAGAAGGAGGCCUUGGCUUACGUCGUUCAAGUCUGGACCAUGAGUGUCUCGGGAAUGCUGCUGAAGGUGGGAAUUCUGUACCUCGGCGGGCAGCUGGUGAUCAGAGGGGCUGUCAGCAGCGGCAGCCUUGUCUCCUUCGUGCUCUACCAGCUUCAGUUCACAAACGCUGUUGAGGUUCUGCUUUCCAUCUACCCCUCCAUGCAGAAGGCUGUGGGCUCCUCGGAGAAAAUAUUCGAAUACCUGGACCUGACUCCUUGCUCCCCACUCAGUGGUUCACUGGCACCCUUAAACAUGGAAGGCCUUGUGGAGUUCCAAGAUGUCUCCUUUGCCUACCCAAACCAGCCCAACGUCCAGGUGCUUCAGGGGCUGACAUUUACGCUGCAUCCUGGAAAAGUGACAGCAUUGGUGGGUCCCAAUGGGUCAGGAAAGAGCACCGUGGCUGCCCUGCUGCAGAACCUGUACCAGCCCACCGGGGGCCAGCUGCUGCUGGAUGGCCAGCCCCUGGUCCAGUACGAUCACCACUACCUGCACACUCAGGUGGCCGCAGUGGGACAAGAGCCGCUCCUAUUUGGAAGAAGUUUUUGGGAAAAUAUUGCCUACGGCCUGAACCGGACUCCAACCAUGGAGGAAAUCACGGCUGUGGCCAUGGAGUCUGGAGCCCACGAUUUCAUCUCUGGAUUCCCUCAGGGCUAUGACACGGAGGUUGGUGAGACAGGCAACCAGCUGUCAGGAGGUCAGCGACAGGCAGUGGCCUUGGCCCGAGCCUUGAUCAGGAAGCCACGCCUGCUUAUCUUGGACGAUGCCACCAGUGCCCUGGAUGCUGGCAACCAGCUACGGGUCCAGCGGCUCCUGUAUGAGAGCCCCAGGCGGGCUUCUCGGACGGUUCUUCUUAUCACCCAGCAGCUCAGCCUGGCAGAGCAGGCCCGCAACAUCCUCUUUCUCAAAGAAGGCUCUGUCUGCGAGCAGGGCACCCACCAGCAGCUCAUGGAGCGAGGAGAGUGCUACCGGGCCAUGGUGGAGGCUCUUGCGGCUCCUUCAGACUGACGGGCCACUGGACUGCACACUGCGCGCUGCCCUCCUCCCCCUGUCUGCCCCGUGUGGCAGAGAACCUGGGACCAGAGAUAUUACCACACCCACGGAGAUAGUUGAGGAGUGGUGUUUGUUACAUGAGAAAAUGUAACCUCUAGGAGAUGCCCGGAAUUUACCACGGAUAUUUCCCUGACUCGCUCCCUGUUAGACAGGGUUUCAGGUACCCCAGGCUAACACUGAGCUGCUAAAUCGCCUGUCUCCACCCUCCUGGCGGUGAGCUUGUAUCACAGCUUGCACACGCAAACCUGGUUGAUGUGGCGUUGGGAUAGAAUGAGAAGGAACGCCCAAAAUGUACAGAGAGAGAAAGGACAAGCAGCUCGCAGUUAACCAAAGGCACAGGCUGGCCAACGGGUGUUCUGUGGGUUCUUGAUAUUUAUAAUAAAACUGGUGUUUUGUAC